AUGGAUUCACUGCAGAAGGGAUGGUUUAGUGAGGCUGCAGAUGACUUUCCUGACCAAGCAUUCAGCCUUAAAGUGAAGGAGGUUCUGUUUGACAAGAAGUCAGCCUACCAACACGUCCUUGUUUUUCAAAGUGAGAGCUAUGGACGUGUCCUCGUCCUGGACGGUCGCAUUCAGCUGACGGAACGUGACGAACCCUUCUAUCAGGAAAUGAUAAGCUUUCUACCACUUAAUGUGCAUCCUUCUCCCCGUCGUGUCUUGAUCAUCGGCGGCGGAGAUGGUGGAGUUGCUCGUGAGGUGGCUCGGCAUUCCUGCGUCGAACAUGUUGACCUCGUCGACAUUGAUGAAGUGGUACUAGAGGCCUCCAAACAGUUUCUGCCCUUCACAGCAUCUGGCCUCUCACAUCCAAAGGUGACCGUCCACGUUGAAGAUGGAUUUCAGUUUUUGAAGAAAGCACGAACACAGAAGUAUGAUGUUGUCAUCACUGAUUCGACGGAUCCUGGAGGCACGUUUACCUGA